AGCCACCUUACAAAUUCAUGGCCGAGGGAAAAAUGGUCCAAACUUGUAAAACCCUGAAUUCUUCAAUUCACUCGCUCUUAAACCCUUUCUAAGCUCCUGAGCAAUAAAAGAAAUAAGAAAACUUACUACGCUUAAAGCUUGGUUCUGAAACUCAUCAAUGGUGGAAGAGUCGCAUCAGAACUUGAGCAAAUGGCGCUUGGAGCGUGGCCCUUACCUUGGAGACAUUUCGGCUCUGUGUUUACUUCGCAUCCCCAAUCACUCUCUUCCUCUUCUUCUAGCUGGUUUAGGAUCUGAGAUUCUUCUCUACGACUUAGAACUCGCAAAGAUUCUGAGAUCCUUCUCUGUCUUCCAAGGUAUCCGCGUCCAUGGCAUCGCCACCUCUCAAGACACUCUUCACUCUGUAGUUGCCGUGUUUGGCGAAACGAGGCUCAAGCUUUUCAGCUUCUCAUACGACGCCGUUUCUGAGUCCCCGCAGCUGAACCUGAUUCAGUUGUUGCCCAAGUUUCCUCACUGGGUUUUGGAUGUUUGCUUUCUCACGGGUUGUUUAGCUCAUUCCAAUGUGGAGAGCCAUUUUCUUGCUGUAGGAUCUAGCGACAAUUCAGUUCACGUUUGGGACAUCUCCAACUCUUGUACGGUUCUCAAGGUUCAAUCUUCAGUGCGGUGCCUUUUGUACUCGAUGCGACUAUGGGGUCACAAUCUUCAAGCUCUCCGUGUUGCAUCUGGCACAAUAUUUAAUGAGAUUAUUGUUUGGAAAGUGGCCCCUCAGCUUGAUAAGUGUUCAUCAAGCUUCGGAGAAGACAAUGAUCGUCAGAGCAUUUCAUUAUGCAAUUGCUGUAUGUUCAAAGAUCAACUUUAUGGGGCUGUUCAUGUAUGUAAACUUAUUGGACAUGAAGGUUCAAUCUUCCGAAUAGCAUGGUCGUCUUGUGGCUCUAAACUGGUAUCUGUCUCUGAUGACCGUAGUGCACGUGUCUGGGCAGUUCCUAUUGAAGUGGAAGAUUUUACGCUGCAUGAUCCCACUGCCCUUGUCUUAUUCGGACAUAAUGCUCGAGUUUGGGAUUGUUGCAUUGCUGAUCAUUUGAUUGUCACUGCCAGUGAGGAUUGUACGUGUCGUCUAUGGGGAGUUGAUGGUGAACAACUGCAAGUCAUUAAGGAGCACAUAGGGAGGGGUAUAUGGAGAUGUAUGUAUGACCCAAAUUCGGCACUUCUCAUAACGGCUGGGUUUGACUCAGCUAUCAGAGUGCAUCAGCCUCAUGCUUCUGUAUCCAGCGGAUUGGCAGCAGCACCAGGCCCUCCUGACAGGGCAGAGACAUUUUCCAUUUGCAUCCCUAAUGUGUUGGAUCGUAUUGGACUCAUGGACAGCAAGAGUGAAUAUGUACGUUGUUUACGUCUUGCCUCUCAGGACAGUCUUUAUGUUGCCACAAAUCAUGGUUUUCUUUACCAUGCUAAAUUCAUUGGUGCAAGAGGUGCUCAGUGGAAGCAACUUGUUCAGGUCAGCAAUGGGGCUCAAAUUAUCUGUAUGGAUUUAUUGUCUAAGGACUCAAUUGAACUUGACUGCGGUGCUGACAAUUGGGUUGCUAUUGGAGAUGGUAAAGGAAAUAUGACAGUUAUUGGAGUUACUGAUAAUGGUUGUACUCCUACAGUGAGACUAAACUUCGCCUGGUCAGCUGACAUGGAGAGACGGCUCUUGGGUACCUAUUGGUGCAAAUCUCUGGGAUGCAGGUAUGUCUUCACAGCUGAUCCUAGAGGAACAUUGAAACUAUGGAGGUUGCCUGAUCCCCCACAAUCUAGCCUCGCAGGCUCCAUGAAUAGUAAUAGUGCAUCACAUAUAGCAGAUUUCAUAUCAAAUUUUGGAAUGCGGAUAAUGUGUUUGGAUGCUUGCGUGGAAGGAGAGAUCCUAGUGUGUGGAGAUGUACGUGGUAAUAUGGUUGUGUUCCCUUUGCCAAAGAAUCUGGUGCUUGGCACAUCAUUAGUACAAGAAGGGAAGAUAACUCCGGCAAAUCAUUUCAAAGGGAUUCAUGGUAUAUCAAGUGUGUCUAGUGUUUCUGUGACUAAGCUUGGUCAUAAUCAGCUUGAGAUAAGCUCAACCGGAGCAGACGGAUGUAUAUGCUAUCUAGAAUAUGAUAGAGAUAUGCGUACUUUGCAAUUCAUGGGGUUGAAACAGGUGAAAGAGUUGAGUUUGAUUGAAAAUGUUUCUGCGAAUAACAACUCUGUUGGUACAUUAUCUGGCGGUUAUGCAGCUGGUUUUGCAUCAGUUGAUUUCAUAGUGUGGAACUUAGUUAAUGAGAGUAAGGUGGUGAAAAUUCCAUGCGGUGGAUGGCGCCGUCCUCACUCCUACUGUCUAGGUGAUAUACCAGAGAAGGAAAAUUGCUUUGCCUUUGUCAAGGAUGAAAUGAUACAUAUCCAUAGACACUGGAUUCAUGAUAAAGGUGAGAAGAUAUAUCCUCAGAGGUUACAUUUGCAAUUUCAUGGGAGAGAGAUACAUUCCUUGUGCUUUAUCUCUGAAGAUAUACUCCCUGGAGAUUCUUAUAAGCAUACCUUAUUUUCUAAAUUAAGUUGGAUUGCAACUGGAUGCGAGGAUGGAACUGUGAGAUUGACUUUGUACUCUCCAGAUAUUGAAAAUUGGUCCAUGUCAAAACUGCUUGGUGAACAUGUUGGAGGAUCAGCUGUAAGAUCAAUUAGUUGUGUGUCAAAACUGCAUACCUUUUCACCAAGUACUACUGAUGUACCCGGUGGAAAUGGUGAACUGAAUGCUGCUGUUGAGGGUGAAGAUAAUCUAACCUUACUCAUAUCUGUGGGUGCAAAGCGUGUGGUAACUUCUUGGCUACUGAAAUAUCAGAAGCAGAGUGACAAAAAUGGCCUUUUAAUUGAUCAUCAGUAUAAUUCAAAAGGAGUUGAUCAAUUUUUGUCAAGCUUGCCCUCAUCAAUGACAUUCCAGUGGCUUUCUACUGAUAUGCCAGCAAGAUAUUCGAUUACCCAGAAAUAUCCAGAAAAUGCUCCCGAGAAUGUAGUAAGUGCUGCUGAACAAGUUUCUAAUACAGAGGUUGAUGGUAGACCUGGAUCUCUGUUGAAUGAAAGGGGAAUGAUGAACUCAAUCAAAGAUAAACAUGAGGAUGACUGGAGAUAUCUUGCUGUUACUGCUUUUCUUGUUAAAUGUGUGGGUUCCAGGAUAUCUGUUUGUUUUGUUGUUGUUGCCUGUUCAGAUGCUACACUUGUGUUACGGGCUUUAGUUUUGCCCUUCCGCCUAUGGUUUGAUGUUGCUUUGUUAGUUCCCUUACUAGCCCCAGUUUUGUCAUUGCAGCAUAUAAUUUUCCCCAUAUCUAGGCCUUUUAAAGAAAACACUCAAUUUGGAAAUGCUUAUAUUGCAAUCAGUGGAUCUACUGAUGGGAGCAUUGCUUUUUGGGACCUGACUGAUAGUGUUGAAGCUUUUAUGCAGAGGAUUUCUGUUUGUAAUGUAGAGAAUUUCUUUGAUUGUCAGAAACGCCCACAAUCAGGGAGAGGAAGUCAGGGUGGUAGAUGGUGGAGAUCAUUGAGCAGUGGUUUGUCAAAGAAAAGGCAGCCCAGUGAUCAGGUAACCUCAAAAGCAAAAGAUGAAACCAAAAGCAUCUGUCAUGCUGACACUGUUAGUGGUGACUCUUCAAUAACAAAUGGAUCUGAAGACAGCAAAAUGGGUUGUUCCCAAACCACGCAAACAGCUUCCCCUAAGUCGGAGAUUAAAACUGAUAAUUCCUUGGUGGAAAUAUGUGAAAUACAGCCUCUACGCCUUUUGCAAAAUAUUCACCAAUCUGGAGUCAAUUGUCUCCAUGUUUCAGAGAUAAAAGGUGGCCAAAACAACAAUAGUUGCAAUGUAUAUAGUAUAGUUAGUGGUGGUGAUGAUCAGGCACUUCAUCAUCUUACCGUUGAACUAUCACUUAAGUCAACAAAUUCAGAUAAUGGGGUUGUGACUCCAGAAAUAAGACAUUGGACCUCUGGACCUGAAUAUGAGGACAUAAGUUUUCAAAGUUGGAGCAAGAAUUAUGGAAUCAGGUUCUUAAAUUAUGUGAAAAUUCCUUCGGCCCACAGCUCUUCAGUCAAAGGUGUGUGGACGGAUGGGUCUUGGGUGUUUUCAACCGGACUUGAUCAGCGAGUCAGAUGCUGGCGACUUCAUGACAGUAAACUCGUCGAGCAUGCACAUCUAAUAGUUAGUGUACCAGAGCCAGAAGCAUUAUCUGCUAGAGCCUGUGUCAGGAACCAUUAUCAGAUUGCUGUUGCUGGCAGAGGGAUGCAAAUAGUUGACUUUUUAGUAUCAUAACAUUAUACUCAUGUCUGAUGAAGAAUAAAGUUUUACAUUAGAACAGUUUAUGGAGGUAAUUUUUCUGCUCCUCGUUAAUAUCAACCUAGACCUACCAGAUAUCACUACUAUGAGUCAAUGGUCCUUAGUUGCUCCAUGUACUAAAAAAAUAAUAUUUUGAUACGAGUAGCUGUUCAUUUUAUUGGAUUGCUGAUGCAAUGUUUGCAUAUUGGGUGGACAGAGUUAAAAUCCAAGGUUGUUUUGUUGUAAUUUUGGGGGUGGGUGGGUCAGUUGAGGAGGGAAAUUCUACAAAUGUGUAUUAUUUGUUUAUUUAGAUGAAAAUGUCAUGUUAUAUAUAUUGUCAUUUGAUUAUAUCAAAUCCUAAGCGAUACCGUGUUGAUCCCACUAUUCUUUUUUAAUAUAUCAUGAUCAUUAUCAUCGUCAUUAAUUCAUUAUUAUUAAAUAUCAUCAUAUAAUGAGCCCUCGGCCUAAAUAAUAAAACAAAAACAUAGCGGCAAUGCUUUCCAUGAAUUGAUUACUAAUUAUAAAAAUCUUUAUAAGUAAUUCCCCC